UGAUGCGGCGCGUGUGACAAAUACUAGCCUGAUGACUAAUCAGACUAGCAAGAGCGUCCCGGACUCUGGGAUUCAUGGCGGCGGCGGCGGCGUCUCGCCGCGCCAAGGGUUUGAAGAUGGUGAUGCGGUUAGUCUUCCAACUUCUAUGGCUGUUCUCCUUCUAUUCCUCGCCGCGGAAAGCGUUUCACAUUUUUCCCGCCGACGUCGGGAAGGCGGGAACGGUGCACGUGAACGGUGCUGAAGUCGGCGUGCCAAGAAGCAACACAAGAUUAGAACUCUCACGGAAGAUUCCUUACAAUGAUGAGGUUGAGGUUAUGGGCGUUCGUCUCCGGUCGCAGUUCGACGGGGAAAAGGGAUCUCGAUCCGGCGAUUCGAUCCGAGGAAGGGGGCAGCUUCCCGAGGUGGGCGAAGAGUUGCUGUCCAUUCGCCGAUCUCGAUCCCGAUCCCGAGCCCGAUUUCGAUCACGAUCACGAUGUCGAUCUCGGUCUGGAUCUCGAUCGAUGGCCUCUGGGUUGUCGCCCGAUGGAUUAAGACGUGUUGAUUCAGGAGAGGACAACUCUCGGCAUGUGGUCUCGUUGGCUGACGUCAACGAACCACAUGCACCCAGGCAAGCCAUCGACAACAACGUCCGCUGCUUCGGCCGAUCUCGAUUUCGAUCCCGAUUUCGAUCACGAGCACGAUCUCGAUCUCGGUCUGCAUCUCGAUCUGGAUCUCGAUCGAUGGCCUCUGGGUUGUCGCCCGAUGGAUCAAGACGUGUUGAUUCAGGAGAGGGCAACUUUCGGCACGUGGUCUCGUCUGCUGACGUCAACGAACCACAUGCACCCAGGCAAGCCAUCGACGACAACGUCCGCCGCUUCGGCUGCGAAAGCGGGAGGACGUUGCAAUGCGGAGUGGAUUCGAUUCCCGCCAAAACGUCGGCGCGCAAGGAGGAGAGAAAGAGAAGAAUAGGCCGCAGCAGCUCGUUCCGACACGUGGCAUCGAAGGCGUCUGCCGGUGCGAGAGAGAGAAGACCCAGCUAUGGCGGUCAGAAGCUUCGCUGGGACGAGCACGUGGCAUCGAAGGCAUCGCACGCACAUCGGCGAGUCGACUUUGAUCAUAGUCGACUCGCUGACGUGCGCGCGAUGCCGAAGCAGAUCGGUGCGCAGAGGAUGACAACAAGGACAGAUAUGGCGGAGAACAACAACGAUUCGACAUCCGUCUUCAUCAGGAAAGGAUCGAUUGAUGAAGACGACGGUGGUGGUAGAUUAGAACGCGACCAGUUUGAACGGAGCGAUGGCGAUCGACCGAAGAAGAAGAAGACAACGAGGACGAAAGAGAGAAAGAGAAAGAGGAGCUGGAUGACGACUACCAACGGGGCGGCGAUGGCCGACACGAGUGACGAAGAUGGUGAUGUAGACGACGGUAUGGUAGCCGCCUUCAUUCAAAGACGGAAGCAAGCGAUGGCCGAGAUGCAGAAGACGGUGAUGAACGCAAAAGAAGAAGUACUGCAGCUGCCGGCGCAGCAGCCGUUGGAUCUUGCAAGUCAUCCUGCAACGUUGAUUCAGAAUCAGAUCGAAGCUUCUUCCACCUUUCUUCUGGGAACUGCCGCGGGCGCUUCAGCUCUCCAACGCCUGUUAGCGUUGACCAUCCCGUUUGACCAGCAGCAGAGUUUAGCGAGACUCGAAUCAUCGGCAUCGUUUCACUCCGCCAUCGCCGACAUUCCCUUCUCUCAGCUUGCUAAUAGAGCUCGCACUGCUUCCGUAGGCGACAGCAGAAGAGUGGGAGUGGCUAUGGCGUUCGAGAAAGUGGCUAUGACGUCCGAGGAGUCGCUCUAUAAGCGGCCAUCUGCAUUUGGCUCUCAAGAUGUGGUCUCGGUGAAGAGGAGCAGCAGCAGGAGCAGGGGGAUAAUGCCGGGAUCACGAUUCGGAAGGUCGUUAUUGCAAGCGGUCUCCUCCUCCUCAUCGGGAUCUGGAAGCAUAGCGCCAAGCGCGAGCGGGCUAUGUCCGCCGACAGCUGUCACGUCCUCCCUUCAUGACUUCGAGUGCAUGUCGGACAUCGGGCCAGGUGUCUCGUUCCACUGGAGCAUGCCUGCUGUGGUCCCUCUGGACGAGCGUCAAGACCAGGUACGUCCAGACCAGAUUGCGAGGAUGGCGUUCCAGGUGGAGAGGACGGUCUUCUGGUUGGCCGUUGGCUGGUCGCCUAACGGUCAAAUGGCUGGAGACUGCGUGAUCUACGUGGCAGAUACCAAGUCAGUACAGCCUUGCAGCAUUGUGGCAAAGAGCAGGGAUGGCAUCGUCCAUAGCCAAAACUUCGAGGUGUUGGAUUGGUCCGUCGAGGAGACGACGGGCGUGACGACGCUCAGGUUCGGUCGCAGGUUUGGCGAUGGCGACGUCAAGCUCUCCCCCACCGGUCCCAACAGGAUGAUCUGGGCCCAUUCCGAAGACGGCGCCUCCGACUUCCAGUCCCACGGCUCGUACGCCGGCAGCUUUCGAGUUGACUUCAACACCGGAUCGGUCAACGGCAUUUCGACGGUCAACGCCGGCGAGCGGCCCGAUGACGUCAACAUAAACCUGUUCGUGGUGCAUGGCUGUCUGAUGUGGGCGGCGUUCGCGGUGAUCUUCCCCCUGGGCGUGUUUCUCGCCCGUUAUGGAAAGCGGCUGACAGCUGCAUGGCUGCAAGUCCACGUGACGUUCCAGCUCGUUGCAUGCAUCGUCUCCACCAUCUCGGCGAUCCUGGCGAUGGCGACGUUCCAUGCGCUGAACGGAUUGCAUGGCCGCCUCGGACUGGUCGUCAUGGUCUGCGUUUGGGUCCAGCCGGUCGUUGGAAUGGCCCGGCCGGACGUCGGAACCGUGCUCAGACUGCCCUGGCACAUCCUCCACUGGGGCUUUGGCACAGCCGCGGUGUUCUUAGGUGUGGUGAAUGUCUUUUUCGGGAUAAAUGCUCUCGCAUCGAGGACGCAGGUCAAGAUCCCGACGAUAUGGACCAUCAUCUUCGCUGUCCAAAUAGGUUUCUUCUUCUUUAUGUACCUCUUUUUACGGGAAUGGAGAUACAUGCGUCGACAGAUCGAACCGCCUCCACCGCAAGCUCCUACUUCUACUUCUUCUUCUUCAUCGUCUGAACACCCAAAGCCAGAAGGAGAAGAACCGCCAGCCAUUACUGUCGUUGAUUUCCAAACGCACCCAGAGUCUGAGCAGUUUGAAAUAGCAUAGCAUAGCAUAGCAUAGUAGAGCAUGACAUAGCAUAGCAUCACUGAGAUGA